AUGGCGCGACGGGAGGCGGCCAUUGGCGCCACUACAGCAACGAUUGUUAGGCCGUGGAAAAAUCCGGAAUUCCGGCUGCGAGCAUGGCAAGCUGCCGAGCAACUGCUCGACGUGCAGCGGCUGCGAGCAUGGCAAGCUGCCGAGCAACUGCUCGACGUGCAGCGGCUGCGAGCAUGGCAAGCUGCGGAGCAACUGCUCGACGUGCAGCGGCUGCGAGCAUGGCAAGCUGCCGAGCAACUGCUCGACGUGCAGCGGCUGCGAGCAUGGCAAGCUGCGGAGCAGGUGCUCGACGUGCAGCGGCUGCGAGCAUGGCAAGCUGCCGAGCAACUGCUCGACGUGCAGCGGCUGCGAGCAUGGCAAGCAGCGGAGCAGGUGCUCGACGUGCAGCGGCUGCGAGCAUGGCAAGCCACGGAGCAGGUGCUUGACGUGCGUCGGCUGCGAGCAUGGCAAGCAGCGGAGCAGGUGCUUUACGUGCAGCGGCUGCGAGCAUGGCAAGCCGCGGAGCUUGUGCUCGACGUGCAGCGGCUGCGAGCAUGGCAAGCCGCGGAGCAGGUGCUCGACGUGCAGCGGCUGCGAGCAUGGCAAGCCGCGGAGCAGGAAGUCGACGCGACCGUCCUCGCGGAGCUCGGCAGCCUGCCCGUCGCGUCGCCGCCGCCGUCGGACGCGCUCAUCAACCUCGGAGGCUCGAAGCUCAAGCUCAGUUCGCCGCUCCGGCUGAGCUUGCGCGCGCGGCCCGAGGCGGCCGUCCACGGUUGCUGCGUCGCGUCGCUCGUGCUCAAGGGCGACUUCGCGGCACUUGGAGAAAAGGGUUGCCGUGAAAAGCAAUCAAAUUUUGGGCUGUGA